UUUACAACGUUGUCAUGUUAUUUUAAAGACGGCGAUUUGAAUAUAGUAUGUCGUCAUACAAACCAGGGAAUUCCAAACGUGAAGAGUUUCGAAAGUAUUUGGAGAAGUCAGGGGUAAUUGAUGCUUUAACAAAGGUACUGGUUGGAUUAUACGAAGAAUCAGAAAAACCUGACAAUGCUUUAGAAUUUAUGAAGAAACAUUUACAAGCUGAAGGUCCAGAUCCUUCUGAUGUUGAAGCAAUGAAGCUAGAGAUUGCAGAAUUGAAACAAAAACUUGAAUUGCUGGAAACUGAAAAUGCCGAGCUAAAACGAAGCUUAAAUCAUCAUCAACAACAACAGCUGACUCCAGCAACUGGAACAAAUGAUGGGAAUACAACGAAUUAGGAACACAAAACAACAACAGCAACAACAAAAAAGAGAAUGUAUUAACAAUAAGCCAAGCAUUACAACAUUACACUUUGUAAACUUUUUAUACAUACAAAUAUAUAUUAUAUAUAUAUAUGUCCAAACCAAG